CUACCCAACACUCUGUCACACUUCCUUAUCAAAGAAACCACACCCCCUCUACAUACAGAGUACACAGUCAAGUAGGAAGCCCCUCCCUGUCCUCUGGUGUAGAGUUCCAUGAAACACAAAGUCAUCUUUGACACUGAACAGAAAGUAAUCUUUGACACUGCCAUUGCUUAACCUACGGGAGAGAGCACCAAAAUGGCAGAGAAUCAGGAACUGUUCUGUUGCUCCGUCUGUCUGGAUCCACUGAAGGAUCCGGUGACUACUGCCUGUGGACACAGCUACUGUAUGGGCUAUAUUAAAGAAAGCUGGGAUCAGGAUGUUCUGAAAGUGGUCUACAGCUGUCCACAGUGCAGACAGACCUUCACUCCAAGGCCUAAUCUGAGGAAAAAUAACAUGUUGGCUGAAGUGGUGGAGAAACUGAAGAAGACAGGACUCCAGGCUGCUCCCCGUCCUGCUCUGUGCUAUGCUGGACCUGGAGAUGUGGCGUGUGAUUUCUGCACUGGGACCAGAAAGCAGAAAGCCCUCAUGUCCUGUCUGGUGUGUCUGGCCUCUUACUGUGAGACACACCUCCAACCUCACUAUGAAUUUCCUGCUUUCAAGAAGCACAAGCUGGUCAAAGCCACUGCACAACUACAGGAGAAGAUCUGCUCUCAUCAUGACAAACUGCUGGAGGUUUUCUGUCGUACCGAUCAGCAGUGUAUCUGUUAUCAGUGUGUGAUGGAUGAACAUAAAGGCCAUGAUACAGUGUCAGCUGCAGCAGAGAGGACUGAGAAACAGAGGCAGCUGGGAAUGAGUCAGCAGAAGGUCCAGCAGAGAUUCCAGGAGAGAGAGAAGGAGCUGAAGGAGCUCCAACAGGCUGUGGAGUCUCUCAAGGUGAGUAUUGUUGACCAGAGGAGAGGCAUCAUUUCACUUCUCUCCUCCAGUCAGAGAGAGGGAGAGAGGUAG